UAUUAAGUCCUCCGGUGGCGCGCUGCCGCCAUGACUCCCAGGGAGAAGCGGCGGAUCGCGCUUAUCUCUGUGGUGGUGAUUUCUCUCGCGGUCCUCUGUCUAGCCCUGUACUUUAUUCCGACUUUUCUUUACGUACUGUUCAUUCUUGGUGGCUCUUGUAUCGCUUGCUUUUACCACAACAACGACUCGCCAUCCCACAGCAGGGAAGGCCAUCAUCCUCGGUCUAAUCUGAUCAUUCCACCGCUGUUCAGACGCUGGUUACCGGUGAAGACUGCGAACGGUGUGCCGUCAGCCGGAAGACCCAAUAUAAGAGGCAACAGGGGUCGUUUUAUUAAGGGAGAUCCCAGAGAAUCAAUUGGAUUAAGUGCCGAGAGACGCCUGGAGAGUCCGGGCGUUUAUCGAAAAGAGGCAGAAGAACUUAGCGGCUCAUUGUUGUUCAGUCCCCGGGACAUACUCAUGGGAAGUUACCUUGGAAAGCCAGACAGUUCCUCAGCCGUUGGCAGGCUCGGUGGCGGUGAGACCAGAGAACUCAGGGAGAGGCUGUCUCGUCCUAACCAUGCAGUGCACACCCCCAACCGAAGGUUGUCAUUUGGAGAACCCUUGGGCACACCGGGCAGGUUCACCAUCACUCCUCAGCGACACUACCCCAUCCAGCAGGCUGGCUGCUCCUCGCUGGGCGUGCUGGCGCCGGCUCAGUGGCAUGGGUACCGGAAAAAGAACAUCCUCACUCCCCGCAACUCUCCCGGGGUCCACAGCCCUGUGACUGUGAAGAUAGCUCGGCCAGAUCAUGGCCUUGGACGAUCCUCGCUGUUCAAUCACACGAGCUCCCCGCUGCCCACCCUGUCUCCAUCACUGGGGCUGGGGGCAACUGCAGACCCCUGCGCCAGAGAGACAGUCCUGAGCGUGCUCAAAGAGAGCCGCAAGAGAGAGGUGGACGAAGAUGAGGAUCGGAGUUAUGCCGAUGAGCAGAAGAGCAAAAGGAGGCGUCAUGACAGCAGCGAAAGCGCACAGUCUGCCUUUGAGCCACUCCUUGCCAAUGGAGCUCCAUCCCAGCUGGUGCCCAAGCCAGGGAGAAUGAAGCGAGGGAUUAACACCUUGGUGGUGGAGGAGACCAUGGUGAAAAGGUCCCGUACGUCAUCUGUCAGCUCCAUGGGUUCGGGCCUGACCCCCAUUGGAGGUGCUGGCUCGGCCCGAAACCCCAUCCACAGCUCCUACAGCUCCACAAAGGGCAAUGCUCAGCAGAAGAAGACCUCCACCCUCAGCCUUUCUCCAUUAUCCAGUCCAGGAUCCUCUCGCUCCCAGACCCCAGAGAGACCCCCAAAAAAGCCAAGGGAAGAGGCUGCUCAGUCACCCAGUGCUGUGUCCACGUUGAAAUCAGACGUGAAAGUGGCAGGCCAGGUUGUCACCACAGGGACACUCACCCCAACACCCAAGGCACCAGUGGCCACCUCCACAUCAAGUUCUGGAGGCAGUGAGGGAAAACGCAAGCGAAAGAUCCAGCUGGUGCCUAGCCGCAGAGGGGACCACAUCUCCCUGCCACCUCCCCCGGAACUGGGCUACACCAUCACUGUGAGGGAUCUAGACUUGGAGAAGAAAGCUGCCCUUGACCGGAUCAAGAAGGCCUUAGAGGAGCCUGAGCCAGUUAAACCCGCGCCUGUCCCCACCGCCACUGCGACCCCCUUCUCUCAGGCUGCAGUGUCCAGCGAAGCCCCUUCCACCUCUGGGGGAUUGCUGUCUGGCUCCAUCGCCUCCGUCGCACCAGUCUCCACAGCUGCCAGCUCCACCGCUCCAUCUGCCGUUCCUGGCUCUGAGCCCGCCCCUGCCGGCAGCACCAGCACAUUGCCAACCUCCUUGUCUGCCGCUUCUGCCCCCGCUGCCCCCGCCUUAGGCCUGUCCAAUCCACUGCUGGAGUCCCUCAAGAGGAUGAAGGACAGCCCUGCACCCAGUCCCGCUAACACCCCUGCAGCUCCUCCUGCAGCCGCUGCCGAUGUUGUGCCCGUGGAACCGGCAGCCCCCUCACCCAUGGCGGGUUUCGGAGCGGUGAAGUCAGAGCCCAGCCUAACCCCAGCGCAGCUUAGCCUGACCCCAGCACAGCCCACUGUGGCCCCUGCGCAGCCUAGCGUGGCCCCAGCGCUGGCUAGCGUGACUUCAGCACAGUCCACCUCAGCCGUGGCCCCUUCGAUCCAGCUCCCCAGCUCGGUGUCCUCCUCUGCCUUCAGCCAGGUGUUACCUCAGCCUGCGCAGACCUCAGCUCCAGCACAGCCUGUCACGUUCAACCUGGCCAGUAUGGUGAAGCCCUCAGUGCCCUCAUCCUCCUCCUCCUCCGCUUCCUCCAUCUCCACCUCCGCCGCCACCUCGACUGCGACAGAAACAGCCAGCAGCAAUCCCCCCACCUCUGUAUUCAAGCCCAUUUUCGGGGCAGGCAUGGCGGCUCCCGCGUCCAGCUCCACGAGCACGCCGGCAGCGCCCACCUUCAAGCCCAUUUUUGGGAGCGCCACAGCAGGCAGCGCUUUCGGGCAGCCGUCGGCCGCGGCCCCAGCCGCCCCUGCAGCCCCUGCAUCGGAGAGCAGCUCUGUGUUCAGCAGGCUCUCCAGCACCACAGUGGCCCCCGAGCCUGCUGCCCCGACACCGGCCAAGUCUUUGUUUGGAAGCUGGAGCGCGGCCCCCCCGGCCAGCACGGGCACCAUCUCUGCCACCACCAACGGCAGCUCCUUCCAGUUUGGAGCCACGCCCGCUGCCACCUCAGCCCCCACCCUCAACUCCACCACAACCGCCCCCGCCCCCGCCCCCGCCCCGUUUCAGUUCGGCGCAAUGGCGACCACCACAGCAGCCCCCCAGACUGCUCCCCUAGCUGCUCCCGUAGCCACCACCCAGGCGUCGUUCGCCUUUGGUCAGCCCGCCAGCAGCCAGACCACAACCAGCGGGGUCUUCGGGGGAUUCGGCAUGACCGCCACGACUUCCACGGCGACAGCCCCGGCCCCAGCCAGCCAGCCGGCGUUCACGUUUGGGAAACCCUCCUUUGACGGGCCGACAGCGUUUCCCAGUGCACCUCAGGCAGUGGCGCCCAAGCCCUUCAGUUUCGGGGGAAGCGGAGGGAGCGGGACGACUCCGUUCAGUUUCGGAGGGGCCACCACCACGGCCGCCCCCACCUUCGGGACGCCCAGCCAGCCGGCGUUCGGCGGCGGGUCGUCCGGCUUUGCGUUCGGCGGCACCACGGCCCCCUCCGCCACCCCGACGUUUGGCUCCAGCACGCAGGCAUCUGCCCCACUCCCUGCCCCGACCCCCAGCUUCUCCUUUGGGGGGGCAUCGGCCGCCCAGCCCAGCGCCCCUGCUCCCACCCAGAGCAACCCUCUCCAGCCUGCCACAGGGGGCUUCAACUUUGGAGCAGCAGUGGCAGGAACUCAGUUCGGCACCCCCACCCCAGCCAACCCCCCUGGACUGACACAGAGCUUCUCAUUUGGGGCCAGCAAUGCCAAGGACAGCAAGCCAGCCUUUGGGUUCAACUUUGGAAGUGCAAGUGUAAACUUUGGGACGUCCACCCCUGCGUUCGGGCAGAGCUCUGGAGGUCCUAUCCCCUUUGGAAGUCCAAGCUUCAGUGGCAUUGCCCCCACGCCGUUUGGGGCCUCCCCUACUCCCUCCUUCUCCAUUGGCUCGGGCUCCAAGCCCUCAGGGGCACGGCAGAGGCUGCAGGCGAGGCGGCAGCACCCCAGGAAGAAGUAGCCCGCGGACUCGCUGCGGACGCCCAGGAAAACCCGGAGAGGAGGAUGACCUGAACUGCUGCUGAAAACAGCCUGACCAUCCCCUCGCCCCCUGCCACCCCCUCCCCCACCCCCAACCCGGCCCAUCUGGAUCAGUUUGCUUUGUCGCACAGUGCUUGCAGAGAAGGAGAGCGCCCAGGCGUCUCCCCUGUCCUUUCUGGAGUCUCAGCACUGUUACUGGCAGCGUUGCUCUCGCUCGCAGAGGGGAGGGGAAGGCGCUUUAGGCAAUGUAGUACAAGGUUACUUGAACAAACUACUUCAAUCCUGGACUUGACUUUGUACAAAUCUAACCCCCUCUCCCUCUCCCACUCUUCUCUCAUCCUUUGUUUUGCCAACUAUGACAGCACGGUCUUUACUGAGUCUCCUUCAGGUACAGUGAAUAAUUUCCGGCUACCUUCCCUUUACCCCACGCACGCACAAGUAGAGAUUUUCGAUCAGCAUUUUUAGCGCUUACCAGAGCUGUAUAGCAUUGUGAUGAGGAGGGGGUUCUGCUCAUUUCAUUGGCAGUGUGGAUGAGGUGAAAGUGUAACAUAAAAUAGGGUGAGUUAUCAUCUGAUUUCCAUAUACUGCACGUUACAGUGCGACAGCAUGGAAGAAAUGGUCUGAGCCGUUUACUGCCAGCAUAGAAGAAGGUUGUAAUGUCUUGCAAUCCCCUUUGUUUUCACGGUGGUUUUGUAGGGCAGAUCAGUACAGGGGUAUGAAUGAUGUUAGGAAAGCAUUUUGCACUCUCAGUAUAUGGUUUGUGUAUCUCUGACCUGUUGGGAGUUGGGUUUCUUUUGCAAGCUUGCAGCAAGUUAUUUCAAUAAAUAAUGCAAGAGAUGUUAAACAUUUGAAUAUUGAGUGAUAAUUUCUGCAGUUAUUUCCAUUAUAUACUUCCUUGUUUUCCAAAGAGUAGUAGACACAGUGUGCUUAGAAAAAGUGAGGUUUUUGAAGUUUCUAUGUGUUUUGAACUAUGUUCUUGGAAGGCAGAGAGAGCUGUUAGUGGAAUGUAGUAAAGGUUUACGUUAAGGGCUUUUAGGAGGCUGAUAGAAGUAGCUAAGUGGUUUUGUCUUUGCAGUUCAUAUAUCAGAUUGUCAAGAACAUGGUACAGUUAUGGUAAGCUUUCAUACCACAGGUGCUGUUUUUUCCCCACUGGAAACAUGCAAAAACAAAUGCGUUCAAAAAAUUAAAAUGCUAUCUUUGCUUUUAUGCAGAUCCUUUUAUGGUGUUACAGUAAAGACAACAGGCAGAAUUUGUUUGUAAAAGAUAAAUGAAUAGUCUGCACAGGGCUCAGCCCCAAACCAAAAUGUUUUCAGUACCUAGGAGGGCCCACGUUAUUAAAAUGAGUCCAGUCAUUCGGUGAUGAAAAUCAGCAGUAUCUGCCUUCUCUCUACCACUGCUCUCCAGUCCUGUAAUGUGCUGCUUUGCUAUUCUAGACUACCUCUCUCUCACCCUGCUUCUUCCCCCUUGCUGCUAUGGCGUGUGCAACUGCUAUGUAAUGGCUUUGUUUUCAUCCAGUUCUGUAGUCCUAUAGACUCUGCAAUGUAAGCAUCCUCUGCUCAGUGCUGCCAACCCCUGGACAAAUAUGUGCACUGCACCGGACUGAAACUUUGUUGCCCCAGACAGCAUGAAUGAACGGAGGCAACUUGUCAAGAUCUUGUCCAUCGCUCUUGAAGUUCAUACGUUCACCUCUUUGUUGUUUUUUCAAGCUGACAUUUAUCUGUAUCACACUGCUUUUUUUCCCCACAAGUACUACUUUAAAAAUGUUGUUUGAUGAUUUGUUUUGUUUCUCUGUGCCUCAGAGAGUCUGGUUUGGAGGAAAGAUGUAGUGAAUGGCGGCACGUUCGUAGUGCCGGACACGUUUUUUUUUCCUGGGAGGGGGCGGGUGGGCGUGGCUCGGGACGGGAAAUUCCGGGGGACGAAUCUGACUUAAGAGUGAAUUUUUAAUUUGUACUUGGAAAGUCCAAGUUAUUUUUUUACUAUUUAAUGUUAAAGUUCAAGGAUGUUUUUGGGUGCAUGACUAUAAUUGGAUUCUGCAGCUACCUAGUUCCUAAGGCAGGAGAAUCAAGUUUGUGUGACAAGCUGGACCAAAGUGGAAAGAAUUGCGUGAUUUUUUCCUUUGGCGGGAAAUUUAAAGGCCAAGAUUUUUCUUACAGUGUAUUUGAGUGAGAUGAAAUAGAUGCUCAGUGUCUGUCUCCUUAAACAAGUUGUUUUGUGAAUAAGAUUAAAGAAAAUAAAACCAUUGUUGGUGUUCUACAAUGUGUAUGGUACAAAAGUAGCUUUCACUCCAGCUUGUUCUGUUGAAGCCAACUCCUCUCCUGGACUAGUUAGUAGCUGACAGGGCAGUAUGAAUGUGCGAGGGAUGAUUGGCUACAUGCAGGCAACAAAUGUUCAAAUUAUUUAAAUCAGCUGAAGAAUCACAGCUAUAUUUUUGUAUUGAAGCAGUUUGCUAUUUAGAAUUCCUUCAAGCUUGGCUCACUGAGGCAGUAUGUUUACAAAAGGGUAGAAUUUUUUUUUGUUUUCCAAAUUAUUGUUCUUUGGAAUCUCUUUACUUUUAGUUACAGAUGGAGGAAUAAAUGAGAAAAAAGUGUCCGCCUGUAAAUGUUCUACUUUUUAAAUGUAAACGAGCACUGGAUGUGCAGUGUUAAAAUACUACUGCUGUCUGUCUGGGUCGUGCAGGCCUUUGUCAACUGGUUGCUCCUAGUUGAGGGCCAUUCGUAGGGGGUAUGGAUCCAUGCCACCUUGGUCAGGGCCGCUGUGUGUGGCAUUACACAGUCGGCAUUCUCCGGGCGUCUUGUGCGAUUGCUUCUUGUGUGAACUGUACUUUACCUAAGCAUAUGUCUGGUGGCAUCUGAAGCACAGGUGCUGGGCAUGUGGAACAGCAGUCACUGUGGAAAUGACCCAUGUGAAUAUUGGAGUCUCAGCUGUUGCAGUUCAGAGGUUCUCUGUGCAUCCCUUUAUCCUAUUCUAUUUUGGAAUUUACUGACAUGAAAUGCGCAGAGG